GGCGCUUAUCCUUCUCGUUAACUGCACACUUGGCCAUUUCACAAGGCAGGGCGAAAGCACAGAUAUCCUCGAGCGAGACACUGUAAAGCUGAAAUUACGCUAUUGAUUGAGAUUUCUGUUACUUCAGGUGUUAGGAACACGCGAAAUCACUCUGAGUUGCAAGUUCCUGAACCACCAACCGUAUCCAAAGUUUGUCAUAUUUACCACCCUGUCAUGUCUGCCCAUGAAGGAAGCAAAAGUAACCCACUUCAGAUCACGGAAGAUGAAGCAGCGGUGUAUGACCGUCAAAUUCGUCUUUGGGGCCUCGAAGCGCAACAAAGGAUGCGAAAUGCGACCAUUCUGGUGAUCCGGUUAAGGGGUGUUGCAACAGAAACCAUCAAAAAUAUCGUUCUGGCUGGCAUUGGAAAACUGGUUAUGGUUGACAGCGAAGAUGUCAGUGAAGAGGACCUUGGCGCUGGAUUUUUCUACAGAGAUGAAGAUGUUGGGAAAAAGAGAGUCGAUGCAGCAAAGGCUCGGGUCGAAAGCCUAAAUCCUCUCGUGACAGUUGAAACUAUCUCGACGACUUCGAUUCUCGGUGGAGAAGAUCUGGAUGGUUUGGUGCAAAACGUGGAUUUAGUCUGUGUGACUGACUGGGAUCGUGACAAUCUUGUUCGAAUAAACGAGACUUGUCGACGAUUUGGAAAAUUGUUUUAUGCCGGUGGCACGUUUGGGCUGUUGGGUUAUAUUUUUUGCGAUUUACUUAAACAUGAUUUUAUCUCACCGGAUCGAUCUGCACCAAAAGAUGCGCCAAGAAGUGUGAAAGCGACCGCUCAGUACUCACCGCUCCACAUGGCGUUGCGGCAUCGAUGGACGAAUAUGACGAAAAGGCAAACUAAGGAGCUAAAUCCCGCGAUAUUGUUGACGAUUAUAGCUAUUUGGGAAUACCAGUCGAUACACCAGGGUGAGCUACCCGACGAUGAAAAGAACGCUCCGGAGCUGGAGACGAUCGCGAGCUCUAUACUGUCAGCGGCUGAUGUGAAUAGUCAGGUUAUUACACGCAUUCCCCAGGAGCUCAUCCAGACGAUGUCAACGACAGCUGCGCACGAAUUUUCACCCGUCUGUGCUGUUGUGGGAGGUAUGUUGGCGCAGGAUAUACUGAAGGCGUUGGCCGCGCGCGAAGCCCCGAUUGCGAACUUCUUUGCAUUUGAUGGUAACACGGGUGGGGGCACGGUGUGCAAAAUGAACAUGUAAAUAUGAUAUGCAACUAGUUUAAUUCACGAUGUGCAGUGGUAGUCUGAACACAACCCUAUCAAUGUACUUACAGCAUA